AUGUGCUAUAAAUUAAGGCAUGGAUCCGAUACAUUUACUUGGAAUCGAACAUAUCCAAAGACGAAGCAAGGAAUACUAAUUACAACGAUGACUACAAGCAACAAAACAACUCAAUUGAAAACUCCACUUAUGUGUUCACAUCGUUUAUUACUUGCUUUUCUGGCAUUUUUGGGCUUCUUUCUAUGUUAUGCUCAACGCAAUGGUCUUUCUGUCGGGAUUAUUUGCAUGGUCAAUCCUAGCGUAGAUAAUGAUCCAGCAACAUACAAUAAUAAUUCUUUGGCCAAUCAUCGAAAUAUUCCAGCAUCGUGCCAUCAACAUACUGCAGAAAAAAGUCAAUUGCCUGGUCAAGUUCUCUUAUGGCCAAAAUCCACUCGUGGUUUCCUUCUUGGUUCGUUCUAUUGGGGCUAUGCGUUGACUCAAGUCGCAUCGUCAGUAGCUGUGAAUCUCUUGGGUCCGAAACGUUUUCUUGCCUUGUUAAUCUUUGCUUCAUCAAUGGCAACAAUACUUUUACCAAUUUUUUCAAAACUGCAUCCAUCGUUAGUGAUAGCUUUGCGUAUCGUUGCCGGCGCUGCACAGGGUGGUCUGUGGCCCACAAUCUUUCGCUUUUGGUCAACAUGGGCACCAGCAUCAGAACGAACAACUUUGCUUUCAUUUCAGAGUUCCGGGCCCUCGAUGGGCACUAUCAUUUCUUUGAUUAUUGGCGGUCUCUUCUGCACAUUUUCAUUAAAUGAUGCGAUUCCUUUCAUUUUUCGACAUGGUUGGGCAUACUUCUUCUAUCUUCUUGGUGGUCUCGGCAUCGUCUGGUCGAUUGUCUGGCUUAUUUUUGCCAGUGAUACACCAGCAACAAAUCGUCAUAUAACAUUGGAUGAAAAAGAAUACAUUCGAGCAUGCAAAGCAGAAGAAAAGAUUCAAGAUGUCAAUACCAAAAUACCAUGGAGUGCAAUGCUUCGAUCUCAAGGUUUCUGGUGUAUUCUUAUUUCCAUGUGUUUCAGCGAUUUUGGUCUUUAUGCCGUUUGGACCGUUGUUCCCGAAUACAUGAGUGAAGUUCUGUUAUUCAGCAUCGAAGCGAACGGGUUUCUUUCCGCAUUACCACAUAUGGCUAGUUUCCUUGUUGUCAUGUUAAGCGGUGGCCUAGCAGAUUUUAUCAUUGGCAAAAACUACGUCAAACGUAUCAAUGCUCGAAAAUUAUUUCAUGGGAUUGGCACUUUCGCACCAGCUAUUUGUCUUCUGUCAAUAUCUUUCCUUGAUUGUCAACGUCGAUAUUUGGCAGUGGCUUUACUUAUUAUCGGAAUAGCAUUCAAUGGUUUUAUGAUGUCUGGCGGAUAUAUUGUUAAUGUUGGAGAUUUUAGUGGCGUUCAUUCAGGCGUCGUGUUUGGUAUUUGCAACACGAUUUCAAGUAUCGGAGGAUUCGGUGCACCGUAUUUAACAAGUAUCAUUACAAAACAUAAAACAGCACUAGAAUGGAGAGUAGCAUUUAUGCUCUAUGCUGCAUCAUUUCUUAUAUCAGCUAUUGCAUUUAUUUUCUUAGCUCGUGGAGAAACGGAACCUUGGGCGUGUGAUGAUGAGCAGGAUGAAGCACACGAGGAAUUAACGGAAGUCAAGCGUAAAACAUCUGUUAUUUGA